GCGCUCAGCCUGAGCAGCCUAUUUGGAAAAAAGGAUGUGGUAUGAAUAGCGAGAAUUUUGAUAGAUAGCGAAUGCUUUGGAUGCACGGAAAUUCCAUAAUAUGCUAAAGCAGUUUUACUAUGAAUAGAUUUCAAGUGAAAUUAUGAGACUGAAGAAACUUUGGCGUCAUCCAUUCCUUUUAGCUUGUUUUGUUUCCUGCUCCCUACUUUGUUUCGUCUACUUAAGGCAUCAAUGGAUGGAUGACUAUGCAGCAUCUGAGCUUUGGGUGUAUGAGAAUAUUCAUAAUUUUCUCAUUAAUACAUCUGGAUGUCAGAUUCCAGCAUUUAAUCCAUGGGACAAAUCAAUCAAGCAUUUAUAUGAGCCUGUUGAUCAAUACAAAUGUAUUGGCUCCCCUUCAUUUCUACGGGUAUUACCUAAUGGUAUAGUAACAUUAGAAGAUGUACUGCUUCAGUAUUAUUAUGAAAUACAAUUUCGUAAUAUUUCUUGUGUUUUUCAAGAAAUUAUUCGCAAUACAUCAAAUGCAGAAAACAUAGAUAAUGAUGUGACAUUUGGAAGAACCCAAGCUUUGAUUUUCGAUCAACCUUUAGGUGCAGAAUUUAUUUACACUACGUGUGAUGCCGGGAGUCGUGUUGGAAUAUUUAAAGAAUUUCUUCCAUUGACUCCCCUGAAGAGCACUGUUGAGAAGUUAUGUAAUCACCGCCAAAAGCAAAUUAACGUGCAUAAGCCAAUGAACGUUAUAUUUUUAGGUAUAGAUUCCAUAUCUCAAUUAAAUUUCAUCCGACACUUUCCGAAAUGUCAGGACUUCCUGUCUAAAGUUUUAUUUGCGAUUAAUUUGAAGGGAUAUAAUAAAGUUGGAGAUAAUACGUUUCCAAAUAUUAUGCCUUUACUAACUGGCCACUUUCAUCAAUAUUAUGACAAGCAUCGUAGUAAUAACUUGUUUUUUGAUGACGUGGAUUUCGUAUGGAAAAUAUUUUCGAAGAUGGGAUAUAGGACGAUGUUAGCUGAAGAUGCUCCCAAUAUUGCUACUUUUAAUUAUUAUGCAAAAGGCUUCAAGAAACCCCCUACUGAUUACUAUUACAGACCUUUUGCUUUAGCUGUAGAAAAAUCGGAGUUAAAAAGCUAAGAGAGAGAACAGUGUUUUGGAACUAAGAUGGAAAUGCAAGUUUUGUAUGAUUACAUAAGAAAUUUUGUGGAAACAAUGGGUAAUGACCGCCCUUUCUUUGUAUUUCCGUUUUUAGCGAGAUUAACUCAUGAUGUCUUUAAUUUUGCCGGAUAUGCAGACGAGCCAACAUACCAGCUACUAAAAUUCUUGCAUGAUAAUCGAAUAUUGGAGAAUACAUUACUUAUAUUUUUCAGCGAUCAUGGUAUCCGUUUUGGACCGAUCCGUAAAACUCGUAUUGGUCAGUAUGAAGAGCGAUUACCUUUCAUAUACUUAGUUUUCCCCAAAUCAUUCCUAAAUAAAUAUGAGAGUAUACAUAAAAAUUUAGUCAUCAAUAGUGAGCGCUUAACAACUCCUUUUGAUAUCCAUUCGACAAUGCUUAAUUUAGCAGCUCUGUUAAGAGGCGAUGCUACUUUCGAAAAUAACAUGAAACCCGGUACUAGCCUUUUUUAUGAGAUACCCUGCAACCGAACAUGUUCUCAAGCUGGAAUAACACCUCAUUGGUGCACAUGCCAAGUCCACCACGCUGUUACGAAGGAAGAUCCAGUUGCACGAAAAUCUGCUGAGGCUGUGAUACAAGCUGUAAAUAAUUUGACCUCUGCCUAUAGAAGAAAUUGUAGUAUUCUAACCCUUGAUGAAUUACUUGAUGUUAAGAUAUCAGAAUAUCAGAAUACACCUCAUACUAAUAUCACACAAAAUAAUAUAAUUACCGAGUAUUUAGUCAUCGUAUCUGCUGCUCCCAGCGAAGCUGUAUUUGAAGCUACGGUACGUUGUGAAACUGUGGAAGAAACUUACUGCAGAGUUGUCGAUGAUAUUAGUAGAAUUAAUGAGUAUGGUGAACAGUCUUCAUGCGUGCCUAAUGCAGUAUUGCGGAAAUUCUGUUAUUGCAUGUGAUAUUCAGAGAAUUAAUCUUCUCGCUUUUUAAUUCAAUGCUAUGAUUUUAACUAAGGAAAUGUUUUUAUUUUUUAUAUUUAUGACAGACGUCUGUCUGUAAAUAUUUUGUUACCAAAUUAUUUCUUGUAUCGACGAAAUAUUUUUAUUUAUUGUUGUAUACUAUUUUGAGGACUGCUAACAUUGGUUUAAAACAUGUAUAGUCCUAGAAAUGCUUCAGUUUUAAAAUAAUAUUCAGAAAUAACAUUAUAGAAAACAUUGUUUUAAGAGCAACAAUUUGUUUACAAAUAGCAACCUUUCCUCUUUCUAGCUUUACUGCAGUUGAAUUAUGGAAAUCACCUUGUACAGUCAUUAGGAUGUUUUGAUGCUGGAGACGUGAAAAAUGGGCACUGCCUCGCCUUGAUUUAAAUACCAGACCUCCCGAAUACACUUCGAGUGUGCUUUCAGUAAAACCACGAAGGUGUGCGGAAAGGAGAGCGAAAAUACCUGAUAUAUAAGAUAAUUUCUCCCCUUUCAAAGAGCGGGGAUGAGGGGACCCAAUCGCCAAAUCUUGGUGGUGACGAAUUAUCAUUCACCAUCUUUUAGCUCGAGCGCCACUGUAGAGACACUAGGAUUUUUUUAUGUUGGAGACGUGAGAAAUGUGCACUGCCUUCACCGGGAUUCGAGAGUCGGACCUCCCGAAUGCUCGUCAAGUGUACUUCCAGUUACAUUACGAGGACAUGCGAAGAGUAGGGAGAAAAUACCUUAUAAUGUCGUAACGUCAGUGAUAAUGUCAUACCUAUAGUUUAUUCAGUGUGCUGUUAUUCACAUCCGAUGGUUCCAUGAAAUUAAAAAUGAAGCCUUACAUCGAAAUUUAAUUGUUGUACAUUUUAAAAUAUUUUAUCUUCCAUGUGAAUAUAUUUUGUAGGUAACAAUGUUUCCAAAUUUUAUAAAAUUUUAAUUUCUCUUGAAGAAGAUACUUGAUAGAAUGCUAUAGCAAAAAGGCACGUGAGUGUAUCCUGAAUUUUUAUAUAGGGUCUGCAGUUUUACAUAAAUUUUUAAUUAUAUUAAUGAACGAAGUUAGAUAUAAUUAAAUUAUCAGGGAUCAGGACCGUUGAACAGUAUCCAAAAGAGGACUUUGUACACGCUUAUAUAGAUGGUUCAUCUUACUUACCACCACUUGAGUUGCUGUACCGCCUGUUAAGUCCCUAUCACAUGUAUUUCCGCUACGCGGGAGUGGACGCCGAAAGGGGCAUUGCUAAGAACCCGCACAUUCUACGAAUCCCAUUACCAUUAGGUUACCAUUUUCACUUACUACCAAGACGUGAACGCCAAACAAUAGUCGAUUAUCGCUCAGAUUGGGUCAUGUGAUCCUUCAGAAGCAGAACUUUCUUCUGAUUGGUUGAUCUCUACGCGAGACAGAGCUGCAACCUAAACAUUUCCGGCGAGGUUUCAAAAACUCCCGCGCAGCCGCAACAUUGUUUCCGUAGCUGGGCGGGACUUCACUUCAGGCGCGGCUCUUUUUUACUAGGAAUCCUCCCGUUUAAACCAGUGCUACCAGAAUCUCAUUUCUCUAAAAAGUCCCAUCUAGCAGGUAAUGUCGUUAGAUGUGAUAACCCCUUUAAAUGACUAUCAGCAUUGUACUCAAUUGGUGGAGCAUUCUGUUGUCGUGGAUCUCUAUGAAAUAUUAAAAUUUGUAGCAGAACUUAUAAAGUUACUUCGGAAGAUGGGUACUUGGGACCUUAGGUUAUUAAAGAGACCCUGUCAAGACUGUGCUGAAUGAGGAUUUUGAUAAUGUUUUAAGCAUUUGUGAUUCUGAGUUUACAGAGACCAUUUACUCUAGAAAUCAGUGGUAACUUGGAUAUAAGAAGUUUAUCAGAUGCAUUAUACGGAACAAUAUUUACGGGGUAUAUUAAUGUACAUCAUAUGUGCUGUUCACAUAUUUGCAGAGUUCCUAUGUUAUAUUUGUUUGUCACAUUCAUAGUAGUCACUUGUGCUAUUCACUUAUUUACAAUUCGCUUACAAUUCACUUAUGUAUAAUCUGCCUGAUACUGAAGGUGACGCUGUGAAAUACAAAUCAGUUUGUAGAGCUGAAAAUUUAUGUCUUUAAUUGAAAAACAUGUGGGAUUUACUAAUAUACAGAGCACCAUUUUAUAUCUGCUUGGCAUUUUGUACCGGUUACUGGUACAGAAAACUUGAAGAUGAGGCUAGAAAACAUAAAGUUCAUUAUAACACCACUCAGCUGCUAGAUCUGUGCUAACACCAUUUUUUUUUUGUUUGUUUUAUGAGACAAUCAAGAAUGGAGGUUCUGGAGUAUUUCUGACUGGCCCAGGCGAUACUGCUUAUUAACACAAUCCUGGCGUUAACUUCAUUGUCUCUAACUUCACUUGCGAGCUUUUGGCAGUAGAAGAGGCCUUGACAUGCAUAGAUCUCUUCCCAUUUCGGAGCAGGCAAAAGUAAUUGCUGCCUUAUGAGACUGAAAGGCAGCUCUAUAGGCAAUUCUGAAUGGAAACUCCCUGAUCAUCCACGGUAUUCACUUUCGCCUAAGAGAGCUUCAAAAGUUAGAUAAGGUCUGUAUUCUUCAAUGGUUGUCAGCGCAUGUCAGAAUUACAGGUAACGAGGACACGGAUAAGCUGGCAAACGAAUUUCGAAAUCUCAGCAAAAAUAAUAACGUAAAUAUCACCUUAUCGCUUUUCUUUUGGUCUGGAGGUCUGUACCAGCAUCGCCUAAUCAUCACAACAGCAAAUAGGAACCUUUAUAUCAAAGCACAGAAGAGAUCUUUGCCUUUUUUUUUUUUUUUUUUUUUCUCAAGACAUCUUCGCUAAAAUAUUUUCGGGAUAACAGAUUCAAGUUUAAAUUUGAGUUUGACUCUACUUUAAAUCUGAGGCAAAAAAUCUAGUAAAAAUAUCAAGAUUAGCAUUGUUUUCGGAAAUGCAUCUCUGUCGGGCGGAAAAAUCAGACAUACGAUGAACUAGAAUUAAAUUAAAAAAGUAUUAUUUAUUUUUGAUAUUUAUAUAAUUGUUUUAAAAACGU